AUGUUCAAAUUCCACAUAUUUUGGCUCUUUUUGACCGCAACGCUUGCCAUUGACUCGCCGUGCAAUCCGCUUAAAGAUUCCGCUUGUGUGGCCCGCAAUAACGCUCUCUCUUCGGCAGUGUAUGAGUCCAUGACGUUCGAACCCAGAAACUUCCAGCAGAACAUGGGACCGCCUAAUAUCGUUUACGAUAGUGACGGCGCCAAGAUGAAGAUCUUGGAAAGAGGCCAGAACCCGCAGUUGGCAUCGUCAAAGUAUAUCAUGUAUGGCCGUGCAGAAGCAGAGGUGAAGGCUUCCCAUGGUAAGUCUGUCAUUUCGUCGAUGUACAUGCAAAGCGACGAUUUGGACGAGAUAGAUAUUGGCGAGUUCUUUGGCGGCAAGGGCGACGAGUUCCAGACGAACUACUUUGUCAAGGGUAACAUUUCUAACUACGAUAGAGACCGGUACCAUAAGGCGUAUGCUGAUUUGACCCAGGGCUACCAUAAGUUUGCCGUGGAAUGGACGCCAGACCAUAUUAUGUGGUUUUACGAUGGGCGUGUGAUCAGGAAGGUGCUAAAUGCUAGGAAUCCUCAUGGGUUCCCUGCGUCGCCUAUGCGUUUGAUGUUUAGUCUUUGGAUUGGUGGUGACCCUGAGAACCAUCCAGGCACCAUUGAGUGGUCAGGCGGUGAAGCAGACUUCCAGGGCAUGCCGUAUACUAUGGGCAUUCGCAACGUUCGUCUUGUGGAUUACUCUAGUGGUCACCAGUACGUCUAUGGGAAUGGCCAGGAUGUGGAUGCCACCAGAGGGGAGAUUUUCGGUAGAAAGAAGAGGGAUGACGGUGAAGAGGAGACCCCAAGGGACUGGGACGACUCCAGCAGUUACGAUGAGCUGGACGAGUACCAUAGAGAGGUUCCUGAUGGUAAAGAGAAAGAAGGAAGAACUGAGUACGAGAUUGACCAUGAGUUUGACCAGGGCAUUGAGAAUAAGGGUUUACGAGGAAUCGCUUAUUGUGGUUUGGCCUUUUACUGUCUCAUGGCGGUUUUGGUCUUCGUGGUGUUUACCUGGUAG